AUGAAGAUGCAGAGAGAAGGAGCUUCAUUAUUGACUUUCUUCAGACUCAUGAUGCAUUUCACGUAUCUGCUUUCUCGUGCCCAUUCACUGUGGGCUGAUGCCGCCAUUACAAUGUUUGAAGAUCAAAAUGUGAUGAACAGCUUAAAAGAGUCAAAAUAUGAUCUUGUUCUCACUGAUCCAGCUAUAGCACCAGGGCUUGUGCUGGCCAAAUAUCUCAAACUGCCCGUUGUGCUCAACGUACGCUGGAUCCCCAGUGGAGAGGGUCACUUUGUGUUAGCCCCCUCACCACUCUCCUACAUCCCAGUGCCACAAUCAGGCUUCACAGACAAAAUGAAUUUCAUCCAGAGGGUCAAGAAUGUUUUCCACAGCAUCAUACUCUUUCAGCAGAAAUUUGUGGUGGAGCCAAGCUAUGAAACUCUCUGUUAUAAAUAUAUUGAGGGAGGAUGUGACACCAUCUCCCUUCUCCAGGAUGCUGACAUUUGGCUGUUCAGGUCAGAUUUUGUGUUUGAUUUCCCUCGCCCCACAAUGCCAAAUGUUGUCUACAUCGGAGGAUUCCAGUGCAAACCAGCCCAGCCUCUGCCAGCAGACCUGGAGGACUUUGUUCAAAGUGCUGGGGAGCAUGGAGUGAUCAUCAUGACCCUGGGAUCGGUGGUUGAUGCUUUGCCCAAAGAAGUUGCAAAUGAAAUUGGCAGCGUUUUUGCCAAGCUGCCUCAGAAGGUGAUAUGGAGGCACAAAGGAGAGCGUCCCUCUACGCUGGGCAACAACACUCUCAUAGUGGACUGGAUGCCACAGAAGGACCUCCUGGGACACCCGCAGACCAGAGUCUUUGUGGCUCACGGAGGAACCAAUGGAGUCCAGGAGGCCAUUUACCACGGGGUCCCUGUGCUCGGCAUACCCUUGUUCUUUGACCAAUAUGACAACCUUCUACGUUUGCAGGAGAGAGGAGCUGGAAAGAUCCUUCAGCUGGCUGAUGUUAAUGGCAACACUUUUGAGCAAGGUAUUAGGGAACUUCUCUAUCACGAAAGCUACAGACAGAACAUCCAAAGAAUGUCACGUCUGCACAGAGAUCAGCCGAUGGCACCCAUGGAUCGGGCUGUGUUCUGGGUAGAAUAUGUGAUCCGUCACAAAGGGGCUCCUCACCUGCGUACAGAGGCUUAUAAGAUGCCCUGGUACUCAUACUACUGUGUAGAUGUGCUGCUCCUGUUGCUGACUGCAGUAACUGUGCUACUGAUGUCCACUGUGGCCGUUUUUCGGUUUCUGUUCUGCAGUAGACAAAGGAAGACAAAAUCCAAACAGAACUGACUGAGGUCAAAUUUGUUAAGAAACAAGCCUCAAUACAUUCUCCAAAGCACUGUAUUUAGAUAGAAACAUAACUUAAAAGGCGAGUCUGUUCCUCUGAACAAAUGCUGUUGAAAAUUAUCUAGUUAUUAUAUUUAAACAGCAUCUACCAGAUUUACUGUGGCACAUUAUCCUCUGGCUUUUACUGCCCCCUCCAUCUCACCUUUGCCUGACUUUCCCUUUGCCCUGUUGAGAGUAUGAAUGAACACAAGUAAGAAUGCCUCAGGGCACAGUGAAAUAAUGUUAUGUGGGUUGGUCUGAGUCAAUUUCCUUCCCUUUCUCUCAACCAAGUCUGUAUACAGACAUCAGAGUUUUUUUUUUGUUGUUUUUUUUCUCUGAAUCUGACAUGAAACAUGCUGGAUUAGAAGACACACUCCACCUUUAAGUUCUCCCAUUUGGAUCUCUUAAUUAUUUAUGAUGCAACACAACAAUCUGUCCUUUGCCUUCACAGUACAAUAUAUACAGUGGGUACGGAAAGUGUUCAGACCCCUUGAAAUUUUUCACUCUCUGUGUCAUUGCAGCCAUUUGCCAAAAUCAAAAAAGUUCAUUUUAUUUCUCAUUCAUGUACACUCAGCACCCCAUCUUGACAGAAAAAAACAGAAAUGUAGAAAUUUUUGCAAAUUUAUUAAAAAAGAAAAACUGAAAUAUCACAUGGUCAGAAGUAUUCAGACCCUCUGCUCAGUAUUGAGUAGAAGCACCCUUUUCAGCUGGUACAGCCAUGAGUCUUCUUGGGAAUGACACAACAAGUUUUUCACACCUGGAUUUGGGGAUCCUCUGCCAUUCUUCCUUGCAGAUCCUCUCCAGUUCUGCCAGGUUGGAUGGUGAACGUUGGUGGACAACCAUGUUGAGGUGUCUCCAGGUCUCCCGGUCUCUCCAAUACUUUCCAUACCCACUGUAAAUGUCGUGAAGAUAAUCAGUCCCUUUUAUGGUUUUCCUCAAAUCGUUGUCAUGUUGUCAGCAUGAAUUUGAUUUUACAUCAGCUGUGACAAGCCAAACCAUCUUUAACAGCCAGUCAAUGAUCAUGAUAAGUUGAAAUUUUCCAUUUCCAAAGUAACAAAUGUCAAAACUGUUCAAAUAGUUUGACUAAAACCAGUUAAGAUGUGAUAAAAUUGUGUUGAAAAUAUCAGUGUAUUCAAUGAACUGAGAGACAAGAUUCUUUCCAUUUCAUGUGAUUGAGACAAUGAUCAAUAAAUCUUGACAAAAGGAA